UUGUUUCUACCAUGUAUCGAAAGGUCGAAUAAAAAGCAGUGCUGUCAAAUAGUACGGAAAUCUAUCAUUUUCUUUUUAAAAUUGUGUUAACUGGAGUGUAUUUAAUCAUGAUUGUCAUUUAAUAAAAGAGCAAUUGUUAAAUAAUACCACUGCGAAUAGCGUUAUAAAAAGUAUUAUAAAAUGGAGAACACUUCCUACGGUAUAAAUGUGGCUAAUCGAUAUGAUCUAUUCUCCAUUGACGACGAAGGAGAUGAUCCAUUUACAACAGUCACCCAAAUAAAAAAAACUCCGAAAAAGCACCUGAGUGGUGGUGAUCAACUUUUGAAAACUGUGUCUAGAAUUGCGGAAAAAGAAAAUAAAACCGCACAAAUCAAAAUUAACAAUGAAAAUAAGCACCCGGAGAAACAAGUUGCAGGUGGAAAUAAUUCCACAAUUAAUCCGCGUGGUGAAAAACAUGCUAUUAAAGAAACGCAAAAAGACAAUAUUCGUUUAGCACGCGAUGAUGGUAACAAAUAUCACACUGGUAAAAGUCUUGAGAGGAGACAAAUCAAUAAGCCCAACUUGCCUGGAUCCGAGAGCCGCGAUGAAAAAAAUAAAAAAAAUCGUGAUUCCGAUGAAAAUAAUCAACGUAAGUUUCAAACUGGAAAACGUUACGAGCUUCGAGGAAAACGUGAAUUUGAUCGUCAAUCGGGUUCCAACAAAACAGGAGUUAAAUCUAUAGAAAAGCGUGAAGGCACUGGGUCGCAUAACUGGGGUAGUGCAAAAGCCGAUGCUAAAGAGUUUAAUAAUUUUCAAGACGUUUUUUCACAAGAAAUUGAGGAAGAUAAAGGAACCAUGUUUGAGCAAGGAAAAGAUGAAAACAUCAAUGAUGGUCAAGAGGUGAAACUCCCUAUUGAAGAAGAACUUAAAGAAAUGACUUUGGAUGAGUGGAAGGCUCAAAUAGCUGCAAACAGAUCAAAGCCGCAAUAUAAUCUUCGUAAAGCUGGUGAAGGCGAAGAUGCUAAACAAUGGGAUAAAAUGGUCGCAUUAGAUAAAAAAAAGGCAGAUGUCGAGGCUGACGAGGAGAACGAAAUCCAAAAAGUUGGGAGAUCUAAACAAGUUCUGGAUAUCGAGUUCCAUUUUAAUGAUGGGCGGCGAGGUGGACUUAUGGGACGGCCCAGAGGACGAGGUGGUAGAGGAACAAGAAAUGCUGGUAAACGUGAAAAUGAUAAAAAGGAUGUUAUCGAUAUACGUGAAGGAGACACAGAAAAACGCGAACGACGUAGUCGUCUCACAACUUCAACCGAUACAAAUUUUGGAAAUUAUAAAAUGACAAAACAAAGUACUCGGUUUAAUAAGAAUACAGCUCCUAAGGUAGACGACGAACAUGAUUUCCCUUCACUUGGCUAGUAACCAUAAAGUGGAAUUGCUGAUGUAUUUUACGAUUCGUGUUUCGUAAGCAGUUGCUUUAUUUCUUACUAAUAAGUUUUCAAAAUAGAAUAAUGCAAACAUACGAAUAAA